AUCGGGCAGAGACGCCAAGCAGUCUGCUAGUCUGUCAGAAGAAAGCCGAGGCUCUCUCUGUUCACAGUGUUCUGUCUGUGUUGGUGAGGAUUUCUUUCUGUCCAUGCGUUGUGCUGCUAGCUGCCUCCACAAUAGCUGGAGAACGUCUUUAUAUCCAACACCAGGGAGACUUCCCUCGCCUCGGAUACUCCAGCUUCCAUCCGCCUCUUUUACAAUCUAAGAUGCUGAGUGUGUGGCAGACUGUGACUGUGUUAGUGUCACUGAGAGGGGGGUGCCCUGGUGGUGCCGGGGGGGACUCGAUAGACAGCACCGGCCUGGUGGGCACAUCACCCGCCCUGCUUCUGGGCAGCACCCAACUGCCUCUUCAGUUCUGGUCCAACAUGAGGAAGUCAGCGCUCAAGCCAAGACGUCGCGACCUGCAUGAACCCACUCUUAAGAACAUUCUUGGCCACGACUACGAUGCGCUCUGGAUGAAGAGUGUCCGGCCCAUGUCUCCAAAUGAGAGUGAGGACGAAGGCGAGCGUAAGGCAGUGCGUCAGCUGCGUGCUCUGGUGAACGCGUCACACGAGGACAGCAGACUGCAGCUGCCCGCCGAACUGCCCACCGAGUAUCGCGAAUUGGUGGCCGGCUGGCUGGUGAGCCGCGCUACCUGUCCCAUCCACUUCACAUGGGACGACCUGGGGCCUUACUUCUGGCCACGCUUCCUGCGUCGCGGCGAGUGCCAGGCCAACGCCCACUGCUCCUGGCCACCCGGCAUGACCUGUGUGCCCGGCGGCGCCCGCAAUCUACACGUGCUCAGGUUACGGAAACACUACGGCCACCGGAAAAAGAAUAACAACCAAGUGUGGAGCACGCCUGCGAAAAACAAGGCUGACAGUAGUAAUCGCGCGAGGAAGAAGAAAAGGAGGAAGUACCGCUGCUUCUGGAUAAAAGUGCCCUAUCCUGUGCCCGAGGACUGUGUGUGCGCGUGCGCAGAAAAAGAGACUGACUCCGAUCAGGAGUUGACCGACAUGAGAUGAUCGGUUGAGAACAAAACGAUUGAAUUGAUGGACGUUUCCUCCUUGUCAAAAUUCUCCUACUUGCAGCGGACACGUUUGGUGAUUUUCUGCCGAAAUCGCUGACAAAUUGGUGCCAACAACAUUCUACAUUGAAUCACUUGUACUGUGAAACUUUAGCGCGCCCCACUUUUGUGGUCUACAUACAUAGCCAAAUUAGUUUAAAUAUAAUGCCCCUUAUCACAAAUAAUUAAAUUUAUCUUUGUCUUUCCUUUCUCAUUGACUCGAUCAAUCACUAUUGUAUUUUCAAAAUUGAUUUUCAGUGAACCAUCAAGCUUCACAAUAACAGAAGAUCAACAUUGCAGAACUUUAUGGCAAGUAACGAGAUGAACAUACCAGAAUGGAGAGGGCUGAGUCAAUAUUCAUAUCUAAUGUAUUGUAAUUAAUAUUCUUGCUAUGCAAGUCGCUUGAGAUGAUGGAAUUGAUAUGAUCCUCAAAUGAGUGAGGAAAAAUUCAUUCGAGAAAAUUAUAUUCUCAUUCGUUUCCUCAAUAGUAGAACGAUUAAUCAAUAUUAAUCUUUAAAUUAAAACAAACAUUACAAUAACAUUUUAGAUGAUUAUCUCAUAUUUUCUGAUUUCUAAAUUUGAAAUAGUAUUUGAUCACAAUAAAUAGCAUAGAAUUGUUCGGAAUAAUAACCCAAUAUCAGUUAAUUUGAAUUGAGUGACCAUCAAGAAUAUAGCUCAUUUUAUACAGAGUGAGUCUCUGUAUAAUGUAUGGGAACCCUUCAAUAAGUUGGAGACUGUUGUAGAUAUAAUACUGUAACUUUUAGGAUAAGUUAUUGGUCAAAUACUCCACCUUUUGACGAACAAGUGAAUUUCAAUAUCUUCAAUGUAAACACCCAUUGUAUAGUACAUCAUUUCAAAGGCCUUAAAAAAAGAAAGAUUGCAUCGAUAAAAAUGUUCUAUGAUACUUCUAUCCAAAAUGGCGACUGAUUGAAGUUUAAGUUUUUAAAGAAAUGAGGGGUUGUAACUCAAAUAUUUUGAAUGUAAACACCCAUUGUGUGAUACAUAAUUUUAAAGUCUGUUUCAAAACGAGAAAGAUGACAUCAAUGAAAAGUUUCAAUGAUACUUUUAUCCAAAAUGAUGGCUGAUUCAAGUUUAUCAAUUAUUUCUUUACUACUUCCCAUCAAAAUUCGGAAAUGGAAUAAAUAGUAAGGGCUAUAAGUCUGUAUUUUCAUUUCCAAUCAUUUUACGAUUAUGUAUUUUAUCACUGUUGAAUAACUGUCAAAUAAUGAAGAUUUGAAUUAAUUUUCAUGAUUGUUACUUCGUUCAAAUGCAUUGAUUGCAUUCUUGCAGGAAGUUGUAAUACACUGACACUACUUGUUUUUUCCUUAAAUGAUAGAUUUAUGCAAUAAUUGAAUAAUAUUAAGAAAUAUAGAAUUUUGUAUUUCAGAUGAAUGCAAAGCUUUCAAAAAUGAGUGAAUAAUCUGUCAUUAAUAUGCUAUGUAUUCUUAUGCAUAAGAAAUAGAUCUGAAAUUGAUUGGAAGAAUUUUGUAGGGAUCUUGAAAGUAUGAAUAGAACAUGCAAAUCACUUUUAAUUAUUGUAUAAUAUGACUUCGAUUUGUUGCUUGCCUUGGUAUGUGAUAUUAUUGAAAUGAAGUAGGCUAAUGUAUACUAAUAUUCCACUGUCUGAACUGUAUUAUAAUCUAUCUAUUUAUAUAGUAUCGGUAGUUUAUGUCGAUUUGGUUCGAAUCAACUGGAUUAAGGGUGCUGACUUAAGCUUGUUAGCUCUUUGAAUUUUCAGGCUAAUCGUAAGUUUGAUGUUUCUAACUCUCAAACUAUAUUAUCUAUUUAUUGCUCCCUCAUAUUUGAGAUGAAUUCUUCGUUUGGUAUGAGACCAUCAGAAAUUCAAUAGAAUCAAUUUCUACUAUACUCACAUAAGGUUUUUUCAGGAAACAAAUGCAUCCUACUAUGGAUCAUGUAUUACUAGAUUGUAGGUAUUACUCUUUUGUAAAUUAAUUCCAGGUCGUUGAGUUUUAGUGUUAGGAAUAAUGUUGCUCUCGUAAGAUCUCACUUAUUAAUAAAUUAUUCGAAAUGAUGGUAUACCUCACUACAUCAAAUUAAAAAUAUGAGGAAGCAAUUGAGGAUUCUAUCUAAUGUAAAAGUUAAUGUUUUAAUGCUUUUGUUUUAGAUAACCAGAAAAAUUAAUGUGUAGAAUAAGUGCUGAUACAAUAUUGUAUCUUGUUUGUUGGAAGCGUAACGUAUUCUCGAAAUAGGCUUUUCUCAAAUGAUUAUUUUAUCAAUUAUGUGUGUGCUUGAAUUACUCAAAAAUUGAAAGAAUUUUGUGAUUUAUGCAUACUCUUAUUCCUGAAAGAAAACGUUAUUACUGUGUUAUUUUUUAGACAUAUUGAGUAGUUUGAACCUUCAUCUGUGAACACUGUCUUUUGGAAGUCAUGAGUAUGGAAAAAUAAUUGACAAUGAAAGCUCUGUGAGUCAUGAACAGACUUAUGAGGUGAGCUAAACACCUACAAACCAAUGAUGAAUUAUUCAAAUUAUAUACAAGAUUUUACUGAUAAUAAAUUCUCCUAAUUUUAUUAUCAUUAUAUUUCUAUCUCAGUUGAUCAAUUUUUAGCAUUCUUCUAGAACAUUUGUGAUUUGCUUUCCAUAUUGUACAUUGCACUCUAGCUUCAGAGCCUGCAGAAAGUUCUCACCUUUUUUCUUACAAUUUUGAAAAUAAAUUAAUGACUUAUGAAUUCACACUCAA